AUGGCCUCCAAGCUCAAGGAGCGGAGGAGGACGCCGGUUUCCCACAAAGUGAUCGAGAAGCGGAGGAGAGACCGCAUCAACCGCUGCCUCACCGAGCUGGGGAAGACGGUGCCCAUGGCUCUGGCCAAGCAGAGCUCGGGCAAGCUGGAGAAAGCGGAGAUCCUGGAGAUGACGGUGCAGUACCUGCGGGCCCUGCACUCGGCGGACUUCCCCCGCGGCCGGGAGAAGGCAGAGCUGCUCUCCGAGUUCGCCAACUACUUCCACUACGGCUACCACGAGUGCAUGAAGAACCUGGUCCACUACUUGACGACGGUGGAGAGGAUGGAGACCAAAGACACCAAAUACGCCCGCAUCCUGGCCUUCCUCCAGUCCAAAGCGCGCUUCGUCACCGAGCCCCUCUUCACCUCCCUGGGCUCCCUCCCGGAGCCGGACUUUUCCUACCAGCUGCACCCCGGGCCCGAGUGCCCCGGGCACGGCCACAGCCCCGGCGAGGCCGUGCUCCAGCCGCCCUCGGGGGGGCCCUUCCCCUGGCACGGCGCCGCCCGCAGCCCCUCCCUGCCCUACCACCUCCCCAACGCCGCCGUGCCCCUCGCCAGCCCCGGCCAGCAGCGCAGCACCUUCCUCUCCUCCGUGCAGGGGCUGGACCGCCACUACCUCAACCUCCUCGGCCAUUCCCACCCCAACGCCUUCGGGCUGCCCCCGGGCCAGCACCCCUCCAUGCUAUAG